AUGAGCUUGAAGCUCCAGGUCGAAGCUGGCGCGUAUCGAUCUACAACAUCGACAGCCUCCUCGGUGAGCGGGAAGUCCCAGACUUUGUUCUCCGAGUCUAGUGAUUCUGAGGACGACAUUCCCGCUACUCGAGGUUUUGCCCAAGAACACCGGAAUCAGGCGUUGCACGAGACUGGAAAUGGAUUACCACAGUCUUCGUUCGUUACUCAACUUGAUCCAGAGGUUGAAGCUUUGAUGAUGAGGAUCAAUGAAAGCGUCGUGAUCAAAGAUAUGGCAACGAAAAGCCCACAAUCAGUAUUGGUGCCAAGAGGCUAUCUUGUCGAGAAUGAAAUCAAGCCCUCGAGGUUCUAUGAAACGCGAGGCGAAGUCAGGGACCAUGUCAAGAAGCGGAAAAGAGAAGGUGUUUUGCCGAAACAAUCCAGGAAGCAGUGGCGAAAAGAACGACACGGCUUCCGGGCUCAAGAAGUGAAUCAGAACGGCGCUGUGCAUCUUGAGGGAUGCAAGCAGUCAACUCUCACCAAUGACAUUCAUCCUAUCUUUGACAGAUCAAACUUCGAUGAUACCCCAGACGCUAUAUAUGACCAGCUCAUACCUGGCUUACAGUUGGCAACCAUGUUUCUGACGCAAAAGAUCUGCAUGCAGUUCUGGGUGACUCUAGCAAUGGGCAAUCGAAGAGACGAUCCUGAAAUGACGUCCAGAAAUGGCAAGCUCUCCCAACGGAUUGAUAACCAUGUCGAACUGACUGAAGAAAGAGCCAGAACCGUCAUCGAACAUAUCAACGCUAUUGGAAAGUCGAAUCUGAUUCAUUUUACAUUCAAACAUAAGGUGGAGGGAUUCGCAUACGAGGAGUUUGGUGCCUGGGGGACGUCAAUUCCAAUUUGCGACUAUAAAGGGAUUGAAAGAGACUAUCACGGAUUAAAAGGCGAUCUCGUGCGCUCAGUCAUCAGAAUACAUGCUGAUUAUUACAUUAUUGCGAAGAAGCUGAGCCAGUUAAAGUAUCAAGAGGUUUCGCAGAAGCUGCGGUUUAACUUCCUGUUCGCGGUCUUGAUAAUCCAUGAAUUGGCUCACUCCAUCGAAGGUAUGUACAUGAAGAAUCGCGCAGAACAGUGGUUGGACUGGCACACCUCGCGUUACUACAAAGAAGUCUAUUGGCUCGACUGGCAAGAAUCUGAAUGCGGCAGAGCUUGGGAAGAGACCAUGUUUGGUUGUCACAUUGCCCCUAUAAACAACAGAGUUGACGGUUCGCAUGGCAUCGGUGUCUCUGACUGGCCUCUUCGAGGGACAGAAAAUGAUCCGGAAAGGAGGAUAUGGAAUACGAUAUCCAUGCGCUACAUCGAGAAGCUUUUCCAAAUGAGUACAUGGCAACGUUCCUUCAACUUACAGGAUUGGCGCAUCUUUAAAGUCCCAAGAGACGGAGCUACCUCCAUGUACAUCAACUCGUUCACUACCAUGUCGCAAAGCGAAGAGCAGAGGGUCGCCAGAGAAGAGCUGGCAGAGGCCGUUGCUCUAGCACACGCACAACCCGCAAAAAAGAAGCGGAUAAAGGCGGCCGGUAGCAUGGAAGAACAGCGGCCAAAGGACGAAAAAGUUAUCGAGGAAGCUGUGAUUGAACGGGAGCAGCUGCCAGAAAGCCCAAAGCGACAGGAUCCCACAUUCAAUGGUAAACGCCGGGCCUCCUCGCCAGGUGCACUGCCUGCCCAACGAUUGAUCCUCGCUCCCCAUACUCGCCGACCAACUCCAGGGCUUGCCAUCGUCCCAGAACGUCCGCCGAAGGAGCCAAAGCUUCUUCAAAACACAUCCCAGGCGCCGCUAACGUCAGACCAGCCAAAGACGGUCGACGAAAGCACGGAAAUCUACCCUAAACACACAGAGUCUUUGACCGACAAGGUCCCGAAAGGACCGACGUCGGAAACAGUGAAGAGGCUCCGAAGCCAGCCGAGGGGUCUUAUGGCGGCCUUCAGACAGAGGAGAAGAAUCGGACUCGCCAAGAAAGAAGCCGAAGCGAAGAAGAAAGGAGACUUGGCUGAUAAGAAGACUUUGGAGUCACAACAGAGCCUGAUGCGAGAAACGGAGCCGGGGGAACAGCUGGCUGCAGCGAAGGAUGAAUCGAAGACUGUAAAAGAAAUCGCUGAUGCGGAGAGGCAGCAGGCUUUGGCUAACAAAGUGGAGGUUGAGGCUAGGGAGAGGCAGAGGAGAAAGAAUAGGCUCAUGUGA